GACAGACACACUGCGGGCGAGCGCUCGAAAGCAUGAAAUCGUGGCCGGAGACGUGCAGCACCUCGUCGGCGCCGGCGAGGCGGCUGACGGUGUGGCGCAAGUCGCUGCUGUUCAACAGCCACGGGUACACGGUGUUCGACGACGCCGACGGCCGCAUCGUCUUCCGCGUCGACAACUACGCUCACGACUGGCGCCGCCACACCCUCCUCAUGGACUCCCACGGCAACGUCCUCCUCACCAUCCGCCGCUGCCGCUCCAAUAUACUGAACUUGAGGGAGAGUUGGGAGGUCUACGAGGGAGAUGAAGAUACACAAACAAUGAGCAAGGAUGAGAGGCUGAGGCCACUGUUCAAGGCGACCAAACACUUGGGGAGUUCGAGUUGCACCAUCUCCAUGUUCGCGGACCAUGGAUCGGUUAAAUCGUUAGGCGGCUAUCGAAUGAGUUGGUCGAGGGAGAAGGAAUGGGCCAAGAUAUAUCAAGCUGAUCCAAACACACUUGUAGCUGAGGUGAGUAGGAAGUAUGGGUCGUCGAAGAAUUUACUUGACAAAGAUGUUCUGGCGCUGACGGUGCACCCGGGAAUGGAUCAAGCUCUAACGAUGGCCAUGAUUAUGAUAACAAAUUUAAUGAGUGGGUGGUAAUGCUUAAUUAGAGCGAGUAGUUCGAUCAAAGAUAAGAGUUAAUUAAUGAGUUGCGUAAUCUCCUUGGUGAUCUAUAUAUGUACAAAAUCAUGCUUUGAUUCCUUCAAUUUACACAUAUUAAUUAAUGCUCAUCUAUAGAGGAGAA